AAACUUUGUUGGUGGAUUGUUUGGGUUGAGUGAUUAUCGAUAAGGUAACCUGCUACGUAAGAGGAAAUAUACCUAUUGUAUCGUUUCAUAAAACUUGAUGUAGGAAUUGUGUAAUACUGUUUAUUCAUUGUAUUAAACUGUAAAAUACGUUCGAUUACAAGGAUCCAUCAGAGAGACGCCAGCAGAGAGAUUUAUUAAAAAUUGGCCAACCAAGAGGCCUAGCCUACUCUAGUACUACUCUAGAUUUAGGCCCUAGGCCCUAGCCUAGUGACAAGUACGAAAAAGUUAAGCCCAUCAUGUGUGGCGGCCUUUUGUGCAGUAGAACGAGAUUCAGGAGCAGGUCCGAUGUUUAGAUGAACAAAAGCAUAAUUUGGCUCUAACAUAACACCUAACUUAACAUGGAGACUGUUACCUCGCUUGAGGUCCGUGUAAUCCAUGGGGCAUUACAUACAGAAUCAACCAAAGCAAUUGAAAUCAAUGAUGAAAUUAGAGGAGUUUUUUCAGCCAAUCAACACAAUUCCAUUGACCAUAACGCCCUGUUACCCAAUCAGAAUUCAGAAGAGACGAUAGAUUUGAUUUCAGCUGAUGUACUUGAUGAGGAACUCACAGAUUUGAUUGGUGUAGCUCAAAACUACUUACAUAGACAGUCUCAUGUAUGUGAAGAUGAUAGUUUCAUGUUAAAUAGGAGUUGUGAUGACUCCAUUGUACCAGGUUCUGGGGGAAAAAACCAAGACCCAAAUGUUAUUAAUUUAGACUGUUCUGUUACAGAAUUUGAAGUUCCAGUUUCAAAAUUAGAUGUGUCUAUUGAAGAUUUAGAAGCUGCUGUUUUGGACUUAGCAACAACUGUUUCAGAUUUAAAAGUUUCUAGUUCUUGUGAAAGUACUGACACAACUCCAAGGAACUCUUCUAGUGAAGAUACUUCUGAAGCAGAAGAAGGCAUUGACACAGAGAUGAGGUGGAAGAAAAAGGGAGAUCAUCCUGAGUAUUCUAAGGAGGAGUUUAAGGAGGAAUAUUCUCGAGGAAAUUCUAUAAAAACAAAAAGUAAGAGAUCACUAAAGAAGGAUAAGAAACCUAUUCAGAAUGGGUUUAAAGAAAAUGAGGAGGGUGGUGGAAUGAGCAAUGAAGGGAGUAUUACUGGAGAUCUGUCCAGUGGAUGCUCAGGAGUAGUUGGCACAACAGAAGCUAUCUGCAAGUUUAAAGUUCCUUCAGAUGAAACAGAAUUCACCAGGAAUGAUGGAAUACCAUGUUCAGGAUUUAGUGGGGGUUUCUUCAUUCCACCACCAAAACCACCAAGAAUUCAAACCCAGUUAAGUGAACCAGUUAUAACUAGCCACCAUACUCAACCCGAUGCAUGUAGGCCUAGAGAAACAAGAAGUAUGAGUCUACCACCAGUACCUCCACCUAAGCCCAGGAGGUCAAUGGUAGAUGAUGAAUGCAAUGGAGCAAAAAGUUGUCUUCCAAGUGAUAACUCUCAUGUUACCAGAGGUUCAGUUGGUUAUCCGGAUGGAAGUGACCUUAGUAAAAUUGCCUUCAACCUUCAAACUGUCAAUGGCCAACCACAGUCAUCACAAGCAAGAGAUGUUAAUUCUAGAGAGAUUGUUAAAAUGCCAAAUGAAAAGGACUCUGAAACACCUGUUGAUAAUGCAGCGAUUUCCAAUAACUUAAAUGGAAGUUGCUCAACAGAAAUGUAUACUUCAUCAGACCACCCAGAUCAUCAAUCUGUGCAGGACAUGGGAAAUGGUGAUGUUUUUGAAUGUACAGGGGGAAGUGUAAUCUUACGCAAUAAACAUAAGAGCAGUAGUCAUACUGAGAAGGGCAAAGACCAGCAUAAUGGCUGCAGUGUGACAUCAACUUCUCCAACGAUUGAUGAGAUAGAUCUUGAUGAUGGCCUGUUAAGAGACGACAUCACUGGUGAUUCAGAAGGUGUUGCUUAUAAUUCGUCUCAUAACACAGUCAAUGGAAGCAGUGUGUCCACAGCAGUUGGAAUUGGUUCAGAUGAAGAAGAGAACUUGCAUACCAAUAUGGACUUCCGUGGCUGGACAUGGGUCUAUAUUGGUGAUGAUGAUGAAUUACUCGCCAAAAUUCAACUUGAAGGACAAGACAGAACUGAUACUGGUAAUGUCCAGGAUAUGUUUAAUGAGGACACAAGUUCAGUAUCAACAACAGCCUCAGAGAAAGAGUUCAAGAUCCAAGUACAAACAAGCACGCGCAUCCACCGAAAAACUUCAGAAAUUGACUACCAACGAGUAUCAAUGUUUAAUACAAGGGAAAGGGACAUAUGUUUAAAGAAAAAGAACAAUGUGUUUGGUUUCCGGAUUCAGAGGAGUCGUCCAGUUGUUGUAACUGAGGUUGACAAAGGAGGUGCAGCCGAAGAGGCAGGAAUUAAAGUUGGCGAUGUGAUCCUUAGUUUAAAUGGACAUGAUGUUAGUAAUGCAGCUCAUUCGGAUGUUGUCAAGCAUGCGUCAUCCACAAACGAAAAUGAUCACCUAACAUUGGUGGUAGGAACAAAUGUGUGCAACAGCUUGAAUCUCAGGUCUGAUCAGUCAGUAAUGUCAGGAUAUAUGUACAAGAGAGGUGGAUCUGGUUUGUUACAGACAUGGAAGAAACGCUGGUUUGUUCUGAAACAUGAUAACUGCCUUUACUACUACAAAACCAGCAAGGAUGUGGACCCACUAGGAGCAAUUGUUCUUGCCAAUUACACUGUCGUAAAAGCAUGGGAUCUUGAUAAACCAUUUGCGUUUAAGCUGAGCAAGUUCAAAGCCCGGACAUAUUACUUCCACACCACAUCCGAAGAGGAACGUACUAAGUGGGCCUCAGCCAUCACAGAUGCUACAAAUCCGACGAUAAAAUCAAACAUCUGGAUGGGUAUCAGUACACACAAUGUUAGUAUUCCUGCACUAUCAAUCUCCAACCCAGAAUGCAUCGGGUACCUGACGAAACGUGGAGACAAACACAAGACAUGGAGGCGAAGAUUCUUUGUCCUCAAAGAUGCUUGUAUGUACUACUAUGAAAACAACAGUUCUGCUAAAGCUCUAGGUGUUGUGCAUUUCCAUGGUUACACCAUCCAGGAAAUCAGAACCAAUAGUAAGAAGUUUCCGUUUGAUUUGAUCCCACCUGAGCCGGACCUGAGAACAUACCACUUCUUAGCAGAUCACGAAACGGACCGUAAACGGUGGGUGGCAGCUCUUGCAUCCUCCAUAGGCAAGUGGGUCAGGACAGAUGUUUGUAACUCUGAUGAUGAAGAAGGGACUGAAAUGCUCAUCUGAAAUGCUCAGUUUUAAUGAUUCAUCAUGAUGUUUGGCAAACACUGAUAGGAAUUACUCAGAUGGUGAACAGUAGGUAGUUUUUGCUGCAUGACGUUGAUCUUAACUUUAACGUUAGUACCCAUCAUGCAACGUGAUAGCUCCGCCCCUUUUGUAAACAAAUCGAAAUACGCAUGCGGAAACCUGUAACUAACGUACGUCGAGCACAUAAAAUCCUGAAAUUAACAUACUCCACAAUGCAAGAUUAAUGAAUUAAGACGUCAUCCAUUAACGUUAAGGUUAACAUCGUGCUGCGAAAACUACCGAAUGAUGCAUGCAGUCACAACUGAGAUAGGCCCACUCAAAUGAUGUUAAACAAAAUUCAAAGCUUAAAGUCAACUAAUCAUCUGUGGUACCAAACUGAUGUUGUGCUCAUCUGAAAUGCUCAACACAUACAUGUAUGGUGUAUGCUCACCAGAGGUACAAAACUCUAGUGCUCAUCUGAAUUUUUUUUAAAUUGCUCAACUAAAACUGUCAACUGAAGUACUCAACUGAGAAGCUCAUUUGAGAAUGAAUGAAGUUGGUGAAAACCUUGUUUUCUUAAAAAUGCUUGUCAUCACAUAAGAUGCUUAUCCAAAAUAAUAAACUAAGGUUAUCAACUGAGAUGCUAAUUUGAGAAUGACUGCACUACACCUAAUGAAGUUUGUGAAAGCCCGGUGUUCAUGAUAAGUUUGCUAGACAUCAAGUGAUAUGCCCAUUCAAAAUGCUUAACACAAAUUUUCUCUAAUAAAACUGAGAUGCUCAUUUGACAUUCUAUUCAAAAAUACUCAACUGAUUCACCGGUGUUCAUGACAAGUUUGAUGCUCAUUCAAAAUGCCUAACACAAAUUUUCUCUAAUAAAACUGAGAUGCUCAUUCGAUAUUCUAUUCAAAAAUGCUCAACUGAUUCACUGGAGAGCAGACCUGCCAAGUAUCCCACAUUGUUUUCUCACGGCAGGGGUUCAGCCAGAAAAACGAAAUAGGCCAUCUAAAAUAUGCGUUAGUUUGAAAGAAUUUGCUAGAGUAGACGGCGCUGAGUAGGCUUAGCCGCCCAAGCCGUCACGGUAAAAGUGGCCGUCCUAAAUAAUUGUUGGCCGUCCAAAAGAUGUCUAGGCGGCUCGCUGGCUAACCCCUUGUCCCACGGUCCCGCCCACAUUUGUAAAAUGUUGUUAAAAGUCACACAUUUCCUUCCUGCAUAAGCUGAUGCUUAUGCAGGAUUUUUGAACACAAAAAUAAAUGUAAUUAAUGAAGAAAUUAUUGCCUAAGAUGGUUAGUAUGUUGUUUGUUUCAUUCAUGUCCCCACAUCUGCAGUGUUUGAAUGUGCUUUUAUGGCCACCUGCAGAAACCCUAUUCUUAAAAUUGUUCACCCCAGCCACAACCAUGUUCGCGCUUCCCUAUAUAAGUUUCCAGCAUUUUUUUCUAUAACCUUAGCAGGUCUGGGAGAGGCUCAUAUGUUGUUGGCCAAAAUUCUUAAUCAAAUAUGUAAAAUAAUCCAGCCUUGAUUGUACACUAGCUGUGACCAAGCCUUGAUGAUAGAAAGGCAGUACAGUAAACAUAACCUUGAUUGAUUUAAAUGAUUCCUUAUCAGUGAUACCUUGAAGACUUCCAGAACCUUUUUUAUAAUUAAAUUCUCUUUAAACAGGGUCAUUACAUUAAUUCUAUGUGAUUAAUGUUCUAUUAGAGCAACAAAAUUAUAACCUAGUAGCUUUUAAUAAAUCGAAAAGUACACAUUUUCCUUCAAUUAACAUUUUGCAUUAUAAAUAAUAAUGCUUUUAAGUGAGGCAUUCAUUGAAUUGAGGUAAGUUACUGUAUAUGGAUUUCAGCCUCUAUCUGAAACUCAAACAGAGCAGGUCAGAGUUUUAAAUAAGUCUCCAUGUUAUAGUGCUUACACAGUGGCUACCGCCAGAUUAACCAACUGAGCUAAGGUGCUUUCUUUGUAAAGCUCCAUUCAGAUUAUCAAAUUUUCUUUAAAAAAAAAUGUUGUAUGCUCAUAUAUGGUCAUGAUGUGAUGUCAUCAGGACUAUUAUUAAUCUGAUAGUCUGGACAGGGUUUAAAUUAAUGUAGCACUUUUCCAGAUGGAUCACAUGUGAUUCUGAAUGAAAACAGCAAAGGUUAAUACAAACUCAGAAGUGGCUCAUAUAUAUCCUUGUAUAUAAAAAUGUAAAAUUGUUAUUUUAUGUUUAUGAUACAUUAUUUUAUUACCAUUAUUAUAAUUUAUGUGUAGAUGAAUGAACAUUUAUUUUUUUUAGUAUAGUAUGUAAGUAGUGUACAGUAUACCACCUCAUUUUUAAAGAAAGUAUUUCAGCAUUAUAUUUUAUAUGUGUUAAUAUUUUAUUUUUAUUUAUUAUUAUAAAGUUGAUUUGAACAGUGAAACCAAACUGAUAUUCAUAAUAUUUGCUGUGGUUAUUUUUUGAACUACCCUGAUAAUUUUACAGUGUGUGAAGGGAAAGACAUUCAGUUCAGUUGCUUUUUUUGCCCGAUUAUAAUGUUGAUACUUGUCAUGUCAGUGAUGAUGUCAUGAACGAAGAGAAGUUAAAAUGUACAAGGAAAAACUAAUCUAAAUUGAUAACCGAUUAUCACUACAGGUCUCCCUUCAAUUAAAAACCCCUCCAAUUAUAGACCACCUCCAAUAAGACCACUUCUCUGUAGUCCAAUAUUAAUAGAUCUGUCUUUUAUCGUUAUUACUCAAUUUGAGACCAAAGCUGCUAAAGUCCAUAGAAACCCCAGUCCCAAAAAUGGUCUUUAAUUGGAGGGAGACAUGUUUUUCUCUAAUUGACUAUGAAAUAUCACUGCUGAUUUGUGUAAUCCAAAUGUAAAGAUGUUGUCAUAUACAAAGUAUAUCACAAAAGAUUAGUGUUUCAACCAUUUUGAAGGGCUGCCAACCUUGUCUAUUAUUCUUGCUUUCUUGAUUCUACUAGAGGUCAAAUAGUUAAAGUACUAUCACCUUGUAUUCCAUUAAACAUUUUCUAAACAUCCUUUAGAUUUAUGCUAAUUAGCAUGUCUUCUAUCAGAGUACUGUACCAUUAAAGAACAUUACUUUAUUAUUAAUUAUUAAUUAAUUAUAAGGUCAUCUUGCCAUUUAUUAUUAAUUGAUAAUAAGUUUUUCUUGCCAUUUAGUUGUACAGUAACAUCGUUUUGAUUCAGUAUCGAACAUUAGUUAUCAUGUAUCUCCCACCAGUGUAACAUAAGACAACAUUAGUUUAUGAAUAAUAGGAUCAUCUAGCGGUUCAGUUGUACAGUUGCGUUAACUAUAUAUUGUGCUGGAAUUUUACUUAAACGAGUUAUACCAGUUCUCUAAAUCAAUCUUUAUUAUAAACUCAAACUUUAUAUAUUUCAUUAUAAUAAUAAUAAUAACGCCAUUCUUUACAGUGCAUUCUGCAGCAAAAAGGCUCAAUGCGCUUUACAAGAAACAAAAUUUUGACUUAAAAAACAGUUCCAAAAUGCAUUUGCACUAUCAGUAUAUCUCUAUAUUACAUGUAUAUUGUAUUAUAGUUUCAAGAUAAUUUGUGAUUAAAUUUAACUGUUUGCAUAAAAAUAUGGAGACUUAAAAAUAAAUAAGUAUGGUGCCAUAUUGAUCUGGCUAAGAGUGGCAAGACGAUAGAUACAAAUGUUUUUUAUCAUACCAUUUUUUUUGUAAAAUGUAUUAUAUUUGACUAUGCAAUUUUUCAUGAAGUACAAAAUGUGGUUUUAUUUGAUUAUAUUUCUAAUUGAAAAAAUACCCAGUGCAUUGAACUUAAUUUGUUGUAAAUUUGAAGUUGGAUAAAGUAUUUUGAAAUGGAAGCUAACCUUAAAGAUGUCUGAUAAUUAGAAGGAGAAUUUGUUGUUAUUGAGUUUUAAUUUUUAAAAUUUAUUUCUUUUUUAUUGAAAGAAACAAUUUGUUGAUUUUGAAGUGAUAUUGGCCAGUUUUAUAUUUGUUAGUUUACUGAAUAUACAUAUAUGAUUUACAUAAUAUAAUAUCUAAGAAGAUAAUAACCUUGUAAUUGUUAAUCCAUAUUAUGUAGAAUUUUUAUGUAAUAAAGUUAUAUUUACCGUUACCUUCAAAA